UGCCCUGUGAAAGAGGCUCAGGUAAGGGGACCAAAGGAAGUGACCUCACUUCCUGGAUGAUGGAAUAGAACCUGGUAGCCAGGCACCCACAUUUCAAAUGUAACAGUAGCCAGCUCACUUGUCAGUUGACACAGAGGAGAGCGGGAUGUUCACGCGUUGUCUUCCAGUAGGCCGAGUCCCAGGCCUCAGGAAAUCGCCAAGUGGGGUCCACCACCGUGUGUGGAGAUGGCGGACCAAGCCUCGCCUCAGGAGCCUGUGGCCACGUUCCUGGAGAAGAGAAAAUGCAGCACACAGCAGCCCAGAGCAGGGUGAAAAUCAGCUGUUCCUGAACCAGGAAGAGCCCCUCCGCGUGGGGAGCCUCGGGACAGCCUCGCGGCACCUGGAGAAGAUGGUGAACCGCCUGGUGCCCGCCCUACUGAGUGGGGACCCCUGCUUUCUGUCCAGCUUUUUGCAAAGCCACCGCAGGUUUGGCACCACGCUGCAGGCGCUGGACCUCCUGUUCACAAGGUACGGCUGCAUCCUGCCCUACUCCAGCGAGGACGGAUGUGCUCAAGACCCAGUGAAAAACGCCAUGUCCAUCAUCCUGGGCACCUGGAUGGAGCAGUCCUGGCAUGACUUCUGGGAACCUCCUGACUUUCCCAGCCUCCAGCUGGUGCUGGCUUAUGUGCAGCUGAGCAUGCCUGGCUCGGACCUGGAGCACCACGCCCACUUCCUCCUGGCCCAGCUGCAGGACACGGAGCCCAGCAAGGCUGAGCCUGAGG